AUGCCAUUCGCCCCAGAUUACAAAUACUCAAAGAACUUGUGCUUGGAGUACUGUGCUCAAUCUUACAUCAAAGAGAAUUGUGAUUGUUACACACAUCUCUUGAGUGUACCUCCUAACGGUGGCACUCCGUUGUGUGGUAACAUCUCGUGGUCGUUGAGUCAAAAUUUCAGUUCAUUCUCAUACUUUAUCUGCUCCGUUGUUAAAAUGAAUUCGAUUCCUAAGAGCGAAUGUGAAUCUUCAUGUCUGGUGCCUUGUGAGGAGAUGAUGUACGAGGCGCAACUUACGUCGACUUCCUGGCCUCAACCUUCUAUGCAGAUGGACAUAUUUAAUAAAUAUAUCAAGGAUUACUGCGGGGACAACGAAGAUGUUCUUUCAAGAUAUAGCAACUAUUAUUCAAGAAAAGAAGAUAUUCCCAUUUCAAAAUUAACAGAAAUUUCGGAAUCUUUUCUCGAGAUGAAGUUCAUCAUGAAACAAAGUUGUCCGUAUUUAGAGGAGAACAUACAGACCUAUACGAUGGAAGUGCUGAUUGGAGUGGUGGGCGGGAUGUUGUCCCUUUGGUUGGGGUUGACUGUUGCCAGUGGAGCUGAGGUUAUUGAGUUGAUAUUUUUGUUACUGAAAUGUAUUUGGGACAAUAGAAAGCUAUCUCCGGUCACUAGCAGCUCAGUUGAUGUUCAAAACAAGGAAAAUAUCUCGGAGGAAUAA